AUGCGUGCAGAGGUCCUUGUGUGUGACCCCAUCACCGGCGACCGGCGUCAUGUGCCGAUUCCGCCCGAGUUUAUGAUUGGCUACGUCAAGGGGACGGUGCUCUGUGCUGCACAGAACAAGGGCCACGUUCAUGGCGCUUGCCACUCCACCCCUCUCAAGGUGGUCUUGCUGGUUACGUGCCAUAAUGACAGUCCACCUCUCGCCUCUGUUUAUUCCUCCGAGUCUGAUACAUGGGGCGAUAUCAUCUCUGCAAAGGCUCCAUGUCCGAUCUACUCUGGUGGUUAUCUUAGCACUCUUGUUGGCAAUGCGUUUUAUUGGCCACUUAUGCAUGCCAACGAUGGUAUACUUGAAUUUGAUUUGGAUAGGCAGAGCCUAGAUGUGCUUGAGGGACCUCCUGGAACGGAUAUUCCCCUCGGCCAUCAGAUCAUCCCGGCAAAGGAUGGCACUGUUGGUAUUGCCAUGUUGUCUCGCCGUUACCAUGAUAUUCAAAUGUGGCAGAGGAAGGUCAAUAGCAAUGGUGUUGCCACUUGGGUUAUGUGGAAGACCAUUGGAACACAUAACAUUCCUGAGCUCCGACCACGGAUUGAAGGAGAGGAGCCAUGGGUGAAAUUUAUACUAGGAUAUGAUGAGGAUACUGAUGGAAUAAUUUUAUACGUGAAACACGACGUCUACAUGGUUCAACUUAAGUCGAUGCAAUGCAGGAGACUUUUUGGAAGUUGGAAUGUUACUCACUAUCAUUGUUUCAAGAGUUUCUAUGCGCCAGGUGCUUUCCCUUAG